ACAAUUCACACACACACAGCCUCUGCGCAACCACAGCAUGGCAGGGACGAGGCGGCGGGCAGAGCCGCUCCGAAUGCUUCUCCCCAUGUGGGUCUGGAUCGCCGCUAUCGGCCUUGCAGGAACCGGAUUGACCGAUGGGAAGAAAUGCGUUUACUCGGUAGGAUCUCCGGGGGACAGGGCUGUUGUGGAGAGCGGCAAUGUGAACGGGACGGUGCAGCACUGCGCCCGCGCUGGCUGCUGCAUCACCAUCGUCCAUCUCUUAAAUAACAAAACAAACAUCACCACGCAAGCACACUGUAGUCUGAGGUUGCCACUUCUCUCUUGUACAUGUCUCCCCUGUUUAAAAGGCUGCAGCGUCAUCGAGGGAAGCUGCACUGAGCUGCUCUGCCUCUUGGGGCCCUUGAGAAGAAGGAACUACACCUCCUGCGUGUGCAGCGCAGACCUCUGCAACUCCCACUUCACAUGGAGCCAGGAUGCUGUUUCAGAUGGUGCUGCGAGAGGGGAGGGGAGCAGCCUGGCUCCCCUGGCCUGGAUCCUGACUGUGGGGGUGCCCCUGCUUUGCCUGCUGACCGGCGGCUGGAAGUGGAGAGACAUUCGCAGGAGACUUUUGGCUCACCAGCUUCCUCUGCAAGACCUCCCUCAGACUGAAAGGGUCCAAGCAACGACCUCACCUGCCUCCCCAACCUCACCUCGCCUCGACCUCACCAACAUGGAGCUGCACCAGGUUAUCAACAGGGGGCGCUACGCGGAGCUGUGGAAGGGGUCCCUGGAGGGGGUCCCCGUGGUUUUCAAACUGUACCCCUCGGGGGGCUGCCGGUGCUACGACAGCGAGAGCGCGGUGUACGGGCUGCCACUGCUGAAGCACCCCAGCAUCGCCCACUUCCUGGGGGAGGGGGAGAGCGGGCAGAGUGGAGCGAGGGUGCUGGUGCUGGAGCUGGCUCAUCACGGUUCUCUGCGGGCGUUCCUCUCUCAGCACUGCAGUGACUGGGUCGGGACAGUGAGGCUGGCCCUCUCUCUGUGCCAAGGCCUGGCCUUCUUGCACUCUGAGAUCCACAGGGACGGCGUGUACAAGCCUGCCGUGGCGCACAGAGACCUCAGCAGUAACAACGUGCUGGUCAAGGCUGACCAGACCUGUGCGCUCAGUGACUUCGGCUCAGCCACCGCCCUCAACCUGAGACCUGGACCGACACCACUCGGCACCCAGGAGGUGUGUGUGCAGGUGGGGACCCCUCGCUACAUGCCCCCCGAGAUCCUGGACGGCACUUUAAAUAUCUGGGACCCCUUAUCCUCCUUGCGGCAGGUGGAUGUCUACUCGCUGGGUCUGCUGGUCUGGGAGAUGACCACUAGAUGCACUGACCUCUGGACAGUCUCCCCAGUGCCGGAGUACAGACCUGCCUACGAGGCUGAACUGGGUCCCAGUCCCUCGCUAGACGAACUGGUCCUGCUGGUGUCGGAGCAGAGAAAACGACCCGUGCUGACCCACCUCUGCGGAGGACACAUCCAGGGCUGUGGCACUUUGAUGGAGAUUCUGAAGCACUGCUGGGAUAAUGACCCUGAAGCCAGACUGACUGCACCCUGCACAGAGAAGAGACUGAGCUCCCUGUAGCUGACUUUGUCAGAUGGGGUCUUGCAGGAUCCCCAGCGAUUCAGCUUCAGCAGCCUGGCUAGCGCACCCUUGCUAUUACCCUCAACGCUGUUUGAAGGACCCCUGCUACUGUCUAGAGUACACUGCCUGUGCUGUAAUGCGAUUGUGCAAUAAAAUAUACCGACUGCUUGUGUUGUUUGUGUGAUGUACGCUAUAGCAUAUAAAGAAUGGAAAUAAAG